UCAAGCUGAAUCAGAGUGGACUUCAAUGAGUAAGGAGCGUUCUCGGGUUUUUUGGUCAGGUAACCCGAUUAAGUUGCUUUCAAACGUUAGCAUUUUGUUUUAGUUGACGUUUCACCUGCCCUUUCCAUGUUUGUACGAACUGUGGAAAAAGAGAAGGUCAAUCAUGUUUCUUGGUCUUCCGAUGCUUUCAUUGAUGGGAUUUUAACCACCGGAAAGUUAUUUUAAGUGAAAGGAAAGUUUGAUAUUGAUGUUGUAGCCGCUUCUCCGUCGACGACAAUUAAGCGGCGUGUUCGAAGGGCCACCAUGCCCGACUAUGCUAAGACGAAAAAGCCGGACGUUAAGUUGGUCAUCCUCGGGGAUAUGAACGUUGGAAAGACCUCUUUGCUACACAGGUACAUGGAAAGAACAUUUAAAGACACUAUUAGCACGGUCGGAGGGGCAUUCUUCUUGAAACAGUGGGGACCGUACAACAUUUCCAUCUGGGACACCGCAGGUCGGGAGCAGUUCCAUGGACUGGGGUCCAUGUACUGCAGAGGGGCGGCGGCAGUGAUCCUCACCUAUGAUGUCACCAAGUGGCAGAGUCUGGUGGAGCUGGAGAACCGCUUUGUGUCUCUGACCGACACGGCCAACAGCGACUGCAUUUUCGCCAUCGUGGGCAACAAGGCCGACCUCACCGACACCAGAGCUUUCGCGGUGGAGCCCGAGGAGAACGGCACGGAGGAGAAGGAGCAGGGCCCCCGGGCCAGCUCCUCCCCCGCGGCCCCUCCUAAGGGCCACAAGCAGGUGUCCAGGGAGGACGCCGUAGCCCUCUACAGCCGCAUCCUGCAGUACAAGCUCCUGGCGGAGGAGACCUGCCUGCCGGCUGAGAGGAUGUGCUUCGAGACCAGCGCCAAGACCGGGUACAACGUGGACCUCCUGUUCGAGACGCUCUUCAGCAUGGUCCUCCCGUCCAUACGCCGGAAGGAAGCGCAGUCCGACUCUCCCACCGUCGACCUGGAGGAGUGCCGGGAGGUGAAGGGGGCCAAGCCUGGCUGUUGCACUUGAGUCACGUUUUGAACACUGUUUGACACUUAUGGGAAGGCUGUUUUUGUUGUUGAGGGUCCACAGGGUUCAUAACCUCUUUGUGUGUGUUUCUCAGAGAUUAGUUGUUGCUGGUGUUUUCUCGCACGUGUGUGAUCCAAAGUGACAGCUGCUGGAAAUGAGAUGUAGCCAUGCCUGCAACAGCCCAGAUUUGCACUAUGCUGAAUUAUGGCUUUUUGAGAAGAACACAUAAUUUGUAGGUCUUAAAUUAUCACUAAAGCCUUUUAAAAUGUUUUUUAUU